GAAAAGUGCGUGUGGUUGCAUAAUAAUUUGUUUAGAAUUACUAAUAAUGUUGUAUUUAUUUUUUUUAUGUAAUUAUUGAGCUUAAUUGGUUGCAUACGCAUUAUUAGAUUAAUUAAUUAAGUUUUCUUAUCCAUGGAAUCUAAUCCAUAUCACAUGACGAUCGUUACUGUUUAAUAAAUGUAUUAUUUUCUUUACAAUUGUGUGAUGUUUGGGUUGCCUACAGUCGAAUGUGUCAGUCAGUGUGCGACGUCGGUGUUGGUUUGAUUUGUGGUGCGGCGGCGACGGCAGAUGUAUCUGUACCAGAACCAGAAUCGUCAUGUUAUAGACAGGAGAUGCAAUUUCGUUCGUGUCGUACAAAUGGUUCUUUGCAUCGGUUGCACCGCUCUGAGUGUAUACAACUUCAAGUACGCGCGCUUCGUGGACGUCUCGACGAGCACUUUACUGACGGUGGCGGGAAGCGUGUUCACGUUCCUCACCGCCGUGGACAACGUGACCAGAGCCGUUUUCCAGCUGGCCAUCCACUUCAAGCUGUGGCUCGCGUACGCCUAUUCCGGAUCGGCGACGUUCGUCGGCUGCGUCAUCGUCUACGUCUGCAUGCUGGACGUGCUGAACAACUUCUGGAUACCCAUCAUGCUCACGUGCUACUCACUGACCGGCAUCGUCUUCCUCUGGGACGCGAGCUGCAUCAUCUUUUUCAGGAAGUACAAGGUCGUCCCGCUCAGCAAACCGAACUCCGCCACGUCGACGUUGGCCCAAAGCAAGGACACCUACGUCCUACGAGAUUACCAGAAGUACGGCUGCACCACCGCCGACGGUGAGACCGGAUCAGAGUUUAAGAUCUCCCUCAACGAUUUAGGCUCGAAGCCGAGAUCGAGCAGAUCUUCACCCAGGUCAGCGAACGGUACGCCCAUGAGCUACGGCGGCACCUUCCACAUGUCCCGAGACGUCGCCCCGAUGACCAGUGUCAAAAAUGACGAUUUCAGAGCGGACAACAGGAAGCACGAGUGCGUCAACACGUAUUCAUGAGGAUCAAUAAUAAAAAAAAGAACACCGAUGGAGCGACGGGGCCGGAUGUUCGUUAUCUGUCAAAAUUUUCAUCGUUUCAUCUGUUCAUUAUUUUCGAGGGUU